AUGUCCUUCACCGACAAGAUCAAGGCUGCCAUCAAGGGCGACGUCAAGGAGGGCGCCAAGCUCGAGACCGGCAUCAAGCUCAAGGAGAACAACCCCGAAAAUGCCGACGUCUCGCUUGACAACCUGGUCGGCAAGUCGAUCAUCGUUGGUGUUCCUGGUGCCUUUACUCCUCCCUGCUCGUCGCAGGUGCCUGGCUACAUCCAGCACGCCUCGGAAUUCCAGUCCAAAGGCGUCGAGGCUAUCUACAUUGUCGCUGUCAACGACCAGUUUACCGUGAAAGCCUGGAAGGAAAAGCUCGGCGCUGACACCGCUCCCACCGUCCACUUCUUGGCCGACGACACUGGCGCUUUCACCCAGGCUGUUGGUCAGGACUUUGACGCCAGUGGUCUACUCGGCAAUCACCGAUCCAAGCGAUACGCCUUUGUCGUCGAGGGUGGUGUCGUUCGCAAGGCUUUUGUCGAGGACAACGCUCCUGACGUCACUGUCACUUCGGCUGAGAACGUGCUCAAGGCUAUCUAG